GUCGAGAACAAAGCUCUGCGACUGAAAGACGGUGUAACGAUGGCGACGGACGCCCAGGAGGACAGUGACGCCGCAGGACCAGCCGUCCCAAUGGCCCUGCAGAGCUACGAGACCGCCGACAGCCGGCUGGCGUGGAAUUAUUUUGACGAGAGUGGGUAUGUGGCCGGAGGACGGCUUCGUAAAGGCGAGGAUCCGUAUUUGAGGAACAAGUUCAAUCAGGAGGCCAGCGACAGCUUGCCGAGCAACAGGGAGAUCCCUGAUACCAGGAAUGCAAUGUGUCGGCGAAAAACAUGGAGAACCGAGAAUCUACCAGCCACAUCGGUAAUUAUAACUUUCCACAACGAAGCCAGAUCCACCCUCUUGAGGACAGUCGUUAGUGUCCUAAACCGAAGUCCAGAACACCUCAUCAAAGAGAUUAUUUUAGUUGACGAUUUUAGUGAUAGCGCGUCUGAUGGCGAGGAGUUGGCCAAAAUCCAAAAAGUGCGCGUGAUCAGGAACGACAAACGAGAAGGCCUGAUGCGAUCCAGAGUUAAAGGAGCCGAUGCUGCUACAGGGACGUUAUUGACGUUCCUCGACAGUCAUUGUGAGUGCAAUGCCAACUGGUUGGAGCCUUUGCUAGAGAGAGUCGUAGAGGAUCCUACACGAGUGGUUUGUCCUGUGAUAGAUGUUAUCAGCAUGGAUAGCUUCCAAUAUAUUGGAGCCUCUUCGGACCUCAGGGGUGGAUUUGAUUGGAAUCUUGUUUUCAAAUGGGAAUACCUGAGUUACGCUGAAAGAGAAAAUAGACAAAGAGAUCCGACAAAGCCUAUCAGGACGCCGAUGAUUGCCGGUGGGUUGUUUGUCAUCAACAAAGCCUACUUUGAUAAAUUGGGCAAGUAUGACAUGAAAAUGGAUGUAUGGGGCGGCGAGAACCUGGAAAUCUCGUUUAGGGUGUGGCAGUGUGGAGGUAGUUUGGAGAUCAUACCGUGUAGUAGGGUAGGACAUGUGUUCAGAAAGAGGCACCCUUACACUUUCCCCGGUGGAAGUGGGAAUGUUUUCGCCAGAAACACCAGAAGGGCUGCUGAAGUUUGGAUGGACGAAUACAAGAAUUAUUAUUACGCUUCUGUGCCGCUAGCCAAAAACGUAGCAUUUGGAGAUAUAAGUGAACGCUUAGAGCUGAAAAAGAACCUCCAGUGCAAACCCUUCAAGUGGUACCUUCAAAACGUCUACCCGGAGUUGACUGUACCCCACACCACAACUUCCAAUGUAGGGGAGCUGCGACAAGGGAUGUUCUGCUUGGAUACAAUGGGCCAUCUGCUAGACGGCAUAGUGGCAUUGUAUCAAUGUCACCAUACCGGAGGUAAUCAGGAAUGGGGAUUCACCAGCACUGGCUUGAUAAGGCAUCAUGAUCUUUGUUUGACGCUAGUUAACUUCUACAAAGGUUCUCAGGUUGUUAUGAGGAUAUGCGACGGGUCAGAAAAUCAAAGAUGGCAUCUGAUCGAACCAGGUGGUCUAUUACGUCAUUCCAAGUAUCCCCUAUGUUUGGAUUCGAGGCACACCGAAGUCAGAGGCAUCACAGCUGAACGGUGUAAUAGUAGUUUGGAUUCUCAAAGAUGGCAGCUUAGCAGUAGUAAAUCUCAAUCGCUUUAAAUUCGUGACUCGUCUAGAAUAUACAAGGUUGUUCAGUGAGAUCCACUGCGAUUUGCUCAGUUCGAUGCGUUUUUCAGCGUUGAUAAUCGCUUUAUGAGAAAAGAGAGAGAAACGAAAAUACUUUUCACAAAUGUUUUGAAAAAACAAAAGAGUCCACCUCUCAGAUUUUCUACACUGUAGCAUCUGGCAUAUGUGCUGUGAAGAUAACUAGAUUACUUUGUCAUGUUGUCUUUGAUAAUAAAUACCGCAGUUGUAGACGAAACAUCAUGCAUGAAAACCUCAGGCCACAGCCAACAAAUCCGAAAAAUAGUUUUGACACCGCUUUGUUAUAAUUUUGAAAUAUAGUAAUACUAAGACAAACUGAAGGGAAAACAUUUUUGGAGUUCAUAUGUCGUACACAUAAGUAAUUGAUUUAUCUCUCUUUUAUGACUGAAAAAAUAUCUGUUGGUGCUCUGCAUAUUUCCUUGUUAGUAUUUUUAUAUACAUCAUAGCAUAGUCCCAAAGAUAGUUAUUUGGUGAAGAUCUGUCGUAGUGAAUAUAGAAGAUGUAUUCGGUUGUUUUUGAAGUUUUGUCAAAUUUAACGUCAUGUGAUUCUGUAGCUCCAUAUCUUAAUGAAUAUUCAUUCUACUGUGUCGUUUAUACUGACCGAUAGAUAAUUUUGUACUCUAUGCAAUGAUGUUGUUCAUUUUUUACCGAAUUUAAAUUUUUUUGCAUCUUUUUAGCUUCUAACUAUAUGACGUCGUUGAACGAUUUCCGGACAAUUUUUCUCUACGAAUUAAAAUUAAACCAAAGCGCUGCCGAAACAGCCCGGAAAAUUAACCAGGCAUUUGGCAAUAAUAGUGUUAAUGAACAUAACGAAAAAAUGGUCUAGACAUGUAGAGCUAUCUGGCCCCGUUAUUGCAUUUAUAUAUGAAAUGUACCCAAAGUAUUCUGAGUUGCUUUUAUAUUCUUCACUAUGAUCAAUUUUUGUUAAUAAAUUGAUGUUCAAAUCACCUGUUAUUAUAAUCGCCGUUAUUGAUAUUUUCUGCAACCGGGCCUAACCAUCACAGUAGAGUCCUUUGGUGAGGAAAUCGAAGAAAUGUACUGAAAAAUGCGUCAGCAGCAGCCGGCGCUGGUACCAGAUGUCGCAUUCUGCUCCACGACAACACCCGUCCACACGUUUUGAAAAUCGCCUAAGGAAAAUUAAACGAAUUGAGCGUAAAAGUUUUGUCUCACCCACCAUGCUACCAAAACCUUUCGCCAGCCGACUAGUAGCCUUUCAAGCACCUCGAUAAGUUUCUCACCAGUAGAAACUUCGCCAAUUAGGACCAGGUAAAAACGGUCUUCGUCGACUUUAUCGAACUUCGCUGACGGACUUGUUUUGCAUUGAUAAAAGUUCACUGAUUCAAAUGAUGUUUAUUUCAACUGAAUUGUAUAAUUACAAUUAUUCACUGACGUAUUACAGUUUUAAGUAGACUCAUAAAAACUGACAAAACUUUUGAAACAACAUAAGAGAAAUAAUAAUCACUGAAAUAUUUUUUUAACUGUCUUCUACCUCACUAGUGUGGAAGACAAUUUCUAGAAUUUGAUAGUGAGGCUAUACAAUUAAAAAGAGUAGAAGAAUAUUUAUAGAAUGCGUUCAGGAUAAGGGGGCUAGCAAAGUUAUUUCAAAAACCUUAUAGAGAUACAAAGUCAAUUAAAUUGGGAAAGAGUUGCUCAUUUCAGAGCUUAUUCGAAUGAUCUUGUGAGAUUUACUAAUUUUACAGUUAUUCAUCAAUGAAGUUGUUGCCAUGAAGGCUAACUUAUACUGAAUUUUUUUCUUCUUCAUACAAAAAUCACUAUUGAUGAUGAUUUCUCAGAGACGAAACGUCGGAUACCAUUUUGUUCAGUUCUGAAAGUGGCAAUGAGAAACUAGUUUUUUUUUUCAGUAUCUGAGAAUUUUGGUUCUUUUCGAAUACCUCCUGACUAAUCAGAAUUUCCUACAUUUCAAAACGUCAUAUAAAUAAGUCUGAACUACUAAACUUUUCCUGAUUCAACCGACUUUGUAACUUUCAUGGUUUCCAAUUUUUGCAACUGUUGAC